ACGCACACACUCUUAGUUUUAGUUUUGCUAUAGGCGGCGGAUUAAAAUUGCUUGAGCAUCCCAUAACGCGACGGCGUCAUUUAAAAAAAUAGAAUAAUACGUGUUUACGUAGAAUAAAAUACUGCUUUGUAAUAACUAUUAUACGUUGUUAAGACGCUUGCCUUUGCGAUAGUUCGGUGUCAAGGUUGUAACAAAAUGAGCAAAAGACGUCGGACGAGCUCAUUCCAAGAUGACGAAAACAGCGAAGAGGAUGCUUCCCCCGAACAAAGCCCCGUGCCAGCAACAACAAGGAAAAAGAAGAGGCUUGAUCCGAUGGAAUUAUGUCAACAUAUUUACGAUUCAAUUAGAACAUUCAAAAAAGAGGAUGGCACUACACUUUGUGACACAUUUAUUCGAGCACCCAAGCGUCGCCAAGAACCAUCGUACUAUGAAGUAGUAAUGAAUCCGAUUGAUUUAUUGAAAGUUCAACAGAAACUGAAGACAGAUUCAUAUGAGGAUGUGGAAGAUUUAACCGCCGAUAUUGAACUGAUUGUAAACAAUGCAAAAGCCUUUUAUAAGCCCGAUUCUACCGAAUAUCAAGACGCUUGCAAGCUGUUGGAUGUGUUUAAUACUAACAAAAAACGUGUUUUAGAAAAUCAAAUAGAAGAAGGAUGCUUGGAAAUGAAGCCCAGAAAAAUCACACGUCCACGAAAAUCGCUCACAAUCGAAGAAGAUGAAUUCGACGAAGGUUCAGAUUUCGACCCGUACGAGGAACUAUUUGCAAUCGUCAUGACGGCAGCGGAUCCUUUGGAUAACCAUGACUUGCAUCACAUGUUUCAGCUGUUACCAUCGAAAAAACUCUAUCCUGGUUACUAUGACAUUAUCGAUCACCCGAUAGAUUUGAAACUGAUUGCUACAAAAAUUCAAACCAGUGCCUACUCAAACCUCAAUGAAAUGGAAAAGGAUUUGUUGCAAAUGACGAAAAACGCAUGCACCUUCAAUGAGCCCGGAUCGCAAAUUUACAAGGAUGCAAAAAUGCUGAAGAAAAUAUUUAUGGCACGCAAAGCGGAAAUAGAAUCAGGACGGUAUAGAAAACCACUCACCAAACGUCCUAGGCUUGCGUCUAGUGCGAUGGUGGCAGCGUUGAAAGAAGAAAUAGAAAGCUCCGACGAUGAUUUUGACGAUUCCAUGGAAACCGAAGGUGAUGGUCCGCUUUGGCAACUGUUUGACCAACUGUACAACACUGCUAAUACUAAUGAUCCCAAUGCCUUAGGUGCGCCUUUGGGUGAAUCUCUGUGGAAACUGCCGAAUAAACGAUUUCAUCCAGAAUACUACAACCUGAUCAAGAAGCCGAUUUCCAUGGCUCAAAUAAGAAACAAGCUGAAAAAAGGAAUCUAUACUCAUAUCACCGAUAUGACCGCCGACUUAUAUUUGAUGCUGGAUAAUGCGAAAAAAGCAAACGCUCCAAACACAAAAACUCACAAGGAUGCACUGAAAAUGCAGAAAAUUCUCAACCAAAAGUUGAUCGAUUCCGGAGAUUUAGAAGAAAGCGAUGAAGAAGUGGAUGAAGAAGAUACGGAUUCGUCAACCCACACAUCAUCACGAAAAAAGGCUCGCGCAGCCAGGGACAGCAAAAGUAUUGGUUCUCCUUUACACCACAGCUCCAUAAGUAAUGUAGUCGUUUCAAAAUCCAACCGCGUAUUGCCGGCAACUUCGUUAAAAAAGAAGCUGUUAUCGCUACAUGAAUUCCUUGUCGGUUUUACGUAUGAUGAUCAUCAACCUAUGGCCCUGUUCAUGGAAAAGCCUUCGAAAAAGUUGUAUCCGGAUUACUAUCAAGUUAUUCAGCAUCCGAUUGACAUGGCGACAAUAGAAAACAACAUAAAAGCCGACCGUUAUAACACAAUCGAUGAUAUUGUGGGCGAUUAUCGGUUGAUGUUUUCAAACUGUCGUAAGUAUAACGAAGAAGGAUCGAUGAUCUACGAAGACGCCAACAUCUUGGAAAAGGCAUUAAAUGAAAAAUUAAAGGAAUUCUCCGGCAUAAGCAAAAAACUCAACCUUACAGGCAAAAUUGCCAAACCAGUCCGCAAAAGUAACACCACUCCACUUGAAGUAAAACUAAAGCAAAUGUACGACACGAUAAGGGAAUACAGAGAACCAAAACAAAAUCGGCAAUUAUCGUACAUAUUUAUGAAAUUACCUUCAAAAAGCGAAUAUCCGGACUAUUAUGAUAUCAUCAAAGAUCCGAUCGAUAUUGAAAAAAUCGAAAAAAAGUUACGACAGCAGGUUUAUGAAAGCGUCGAUGAUAUGGCUGCAGAUUUUAUGCUAAUGUUUGAAAACGCUUGCAAGUACAAUGAACCUGAUUCUCAAAUUUACAAGGAUGCUCUAUGUCUGCAACAAUUGCUCAUACAGACAAAACAAGCUUUGCGAAGUGAAGAAACUGUACCGAAUGUUCAGCAAGCGGUACAGGAGCUUUUGUUGUCACUCUUUACUACAUUUUACAACUAUCAAGAUGAAGAAGGUCGAUGCUAUUCGGAUUCGUUGGCAGAAUUAGUCGAGUACGAUGAAUGUGACGGCAAUAGAGUGAGAGCGAUUUCCUUGGAUCUCAUCAAACGUCGCCUAGACAAGGGUUUGUACAAGCGUUUGGACACAUUUCAAGAAGAUAUUUUUAGCUGCCUUGAACGUGCCCGUCGACUCAGCCGUACCGAUUCACAAGUGUUUGAAGACUCAAUUGAAUUGCAAUCAUUUUUCAUAAAAAAACGUGACGAAUUGUGUCAGAAUGGUAAUGUGCUUGAAUCGCCCGCACUGAGCUACAACACAAUGCACUUAAGCGCAGCGGUAGAAUCUCUACGGCAAUCCAAAUUGUUGCAGGAAGAGGAAGCUGACACAGACAAUGAUGCAGUGGUAAGUAGGAUCGAUACGUUUAAUUUCAUUAUUCACUACGUACAUAAUUAUCCUCUUUUAUUGACCUAUCAGCAAGCAUCUCAAGGCGAAAGUAUGACGAUUGAUCAAAAAGUGUUUUCACCCGGAGACUUUGUAUAUAUCGAUUUACCCGAAAACAAAAUUCCUGGCAUUAUGUACAUUGAGCGUCUAUGGACAACUGCCGAUAACAUUAAAAUGAUGAACGGCCUAAUACUUCUCCGGCCUCAUGAAACGUUCCACGUGCAGACAAGGAAGUUCAUGGAACAGGAAUUAUUUAAAAGCGAUCAACAUGUCCAAAUCCCUUUAUCCAAAGCGUUAAACAAAUGCUUUGUAAUGCACGUUCGAGAUUAUGUGAAACUAAUGCCUGAAAAUUUCGCCAGCAAAGAUGUGUUUGUGUGCGAAUCGCGGUACAGUUCUAAAGCAAGAUCAUUUAAGAAGCUCAAAACGUGGAAUCUAAUACGCGCCAAUGAUCCGGUAAAAUUAAUUCCUCGAGAAGCUACGCUCGAAGUGAAGCGUGUUAUGUCUGUUUUUAAAGAGCGGGUAGAAAAGCACAAGGAAGAACUUUCGGAAUUACAGCUGCAGGAGGCAAUGCUAGAAAAAGAGAAGCCUAACGUGGUUAUUUAUAUGAACGGAGUAGAAGAUGGUAAUGUGUACUAUGAGCAGUACAACACUGUUUGUGGUGGUGUAGUAAAAACAGGCGAUUACGUCUACGUAGCUACAGAAUCUGGCAAGCAAUCGAUUUCACAAAUUACAUCCAUUUGGGAAACGAAAGAUGGAAAAGUUUUGUUCCGAGGUCCGUGGCUUUUAACUCCGCCCGAAGUUCCUGGUACUAUUAGUAGGUUAUUUUAUCGACAAGAAGUACUGCUUUCAACUAUUCAAGAAACUACUUCAGCUGUGGCAAUUGUUGGCCGGUGUGCUGUGCUCGAUCAAAAUGAAUAUAUCACUAGGAGGCCAACAGAAAUCGCGGAAGCUGAUGUAUACAUGUGCGAAUCAAUAUUUGACGAAUUUAAAAAACAAAUUCGAAAAAUAGUAGCUCCUUCCGGAUUGCGUAAAUUUACACAUAGUCAAAUGGUUACAACAGACGAAGUGUAUCAUUUCCGUCGUCCAAUAAAUCCACCCAAGGUCACCUGUGGCGAAAUUGCAGCCGUGCAGGAGAGCAAAUCCACAUCGAAUGAUUUUAUGGAUAUGAAGGAUGACUUUGGCAUCAUCGAUGAUUCAAUCGAUGGGCCUCCGUCGAUUGGGUCGGACACAAUCUCUACGGCUUCGCCACAUCCAACACAUUCGACCAACACCAGCACACCGUCGAUGAGCAGCAAAAAAACAUCCAAACCAGGCAAGAAGCUCGUAACGGGAUACAUACUGUAUUCUAGCGAACACCGGAAGACUAUAUGUGCCAGCAAUCCGGAAGCAACGUUCGGUGACGUAUCGCGCAUAGUCGGAAACGAAUGGCGCAACUUGAGCGAACAGGAAAAGGCUGUUUGGGAGCAGCGCGCGAUUAAGAUCAAUGAGGAAAGUGCGGCCAAACACGCCGCUGAAAUGGGAGAAUCAAGUUGUCCGAGCCCAGCAAACUUCAAAACCGACGGUCCAAUCGUACAGGACAUCGUGCCGAAUCAUGCCUACGAAUGCUGCUGGGAUAAAUGUGACUUUCAAUUUGAAGACCCUGUCGAAUGUUUGGAGCACUGUAUUGGAGAAGGUUCGGGAUGUGUGUACAAGACGUUCAUUGCUUCGGCAGAUCAAGAAUUUAUUUGCAUCUGGCGUAACUGUGUACGACUCCGUCGAAAUAUGCCACCGUUUCCAACCGUUGCUCGAUUGGUGAAGCACGUUAAAGAGGUGCACCUUACAAAAGGCGUAAGCAAGUUAGUUCAACCUCAGGACCGUAGCAAAAAUUACGUUAUUUCGAAGCGUCCAGCAACGGGCAUACACAUCGUAAAUAAUGCCCCAGUUGCUAAUAUGGCCAACAUAAAUUCUAACAACAUGGGAACGAUUACGUUGCAACCGAUGGGAAAUGUGGGAAGCCUUUCAACGAACAUCGGCAACGCAAACAUUACGGGAAUGUCCUGUCAAAACACGAGUGUAAUGACUGGAAGUAAUCCAAUACAACCGUUGCAUGCACUUCAGCCAUCCUCAAUAUCCGCUGCAAGUGGAAUUAAUGCUUCUCAGCUUGGUAAUUCAAUUGCUGCUGCAGCUUACUUCAGCUAUGUGUCGUCUCAACCUGCGGAACCAUUGUUUGUUACUGUGCCUCCCCGUCCGCAGCGUGUAUUGCACUCCGAAGCGUACAUAAAAUAUAUAGAACGGCUUCAGCAGAAAUCAUCGUACAUUACACCAUGGCAAAAAACGUUAACAGCAACUAGGGAAACAAUUCCCAAUACGGAUGUAAACCGGCUACCAUCGCAGUGGUUAGGGACACGGGCCCAAGAUCGUUCGGAUACUGUAGUUGAUGCGUUAUGGCAGUUGCGAAAUCUAAUGAUGAGGGAGGUUAUUCAAUUUGACCGUUUUUAACCGAACCGACCGGCAAUGCCCUUCCAUAUCUAUGUAUUAUAGAUUUACUAAUUCUUCAUUUCACAGAAAGUGAAUAAAUAUUACGGUUGCACCUUUUAGCUCUGUAACAGCUAUUUGCAUGCAAACUCAGUAGAAUACAA